UUGACAUUGGGGAUAUGAAGAGUUUUUGUGUUGUGAAUUAUUACAGAAAAUUUCUGAGAAAUGCCCAAAUACGAAGAUAUUGUAGUGCGGAAGAAAGAAAAGAAAAAAAUAACAGUUCUAAAAUUCGAAAUAUCGGUAUAUUGGCACAUAUAGAUGCAGGUAAAACUACAACAACCGAGCGAAUGCUCUUCUACUCUGGUACCAUUAGAUCUAUGGGAGAAGUGCACCAUGGAAAUACGGUCACUGAUUAUAUGGAACAGGAACGGCAGAGAGGAAUCACUAUUACUUGUGCAGCAGUGUCCUUCCCAUGGCAAGGUCAUCAGAUUAAUCUGAUUGAUACUCCCGGCCACAUCGACUUCACGAUGGAAGUAGAGCUGAGUCUUGCUGUGUUAGAUGGAGCUGUUGUUGUCUUAGAUGGAUCAGCUGGUGUAGAAGCCCAAACCCUCACGGUGUGGCGCCAGGCCGACACAUACAAAGUGCCGCGCGUGCUGUACCUUAACAAGCUGGAUCGCAGCGACGCCGAUGUUGCUGCCUGCGCUCGCUCCGUGCAGGACAAACUCCAGGUCACCCCGCUUGUGCUGCACUCACCUGUGCAGCACGAGGGCAAGCUUAUCGGUUUAAUAGACCUUAUCACCCUAGAAGAAGUAAUAUGGACACAGGGUCGAGGGCAGAACUUGACACGGCGAAAACUCACGGAAAAAUCUGAUGGAAAAGUUUGGGAAACAUCUCUAAAUGAACAUAGAAAAGUCGUGGACACGCUUUCCUCUCUAGACGAUCAGCUAGCAGAAACAAUAAUCCAGCAAGAAUCAUUGGAUAACAUAAAUAGUAUAGAAAUUGCGGAGGCUGUUAGACGAUGUACGAUAAAUAUGAAAGCUUUUCCAAUUUUAUGCGGGAGUUCAUACAAAAAUAUUGGAGUACAAACUCUGAUGGAUGGCGUGGUAUCGUAUCUACCUUGCCCUUUCGAAGGGAACAGCAUAUACAAGAGUUUCGACAAGGAUUUGUCUGCGAAAGUGUUUAAAGUACAGCACGAUGAUCAGAGGGGCGUCCUCACUUUUCUGAGGCUUUACAGCGGAGAGAUAAAUAAGGGACAGAAGAUUUACAAUUUAGCGAAGGACAAGAGUGAACAGACAGGUCUGCUGUACGUGGCGUUGGCUGAUGAGUACCAGCCGGUGGAGAAGGUUACGGGCGGGAAUAUAGCUGUCGUCAGUGCGCUUAAGGCAACAAUGUCCGGAGACCUCAUCACCUCUACCCAAGCAGCAGCAAACCGAGCCAAGGAGAAGCUCUCCGCGAUGUUAAAAGACCCCGUCGUAAAGGAGGAGCUGAUGAUGCCCAGCGCUCGAUUGCGACUCCAGGCCAUGGACACGGAACCAACGACUGUGGAGAUCGCUGAAGAGCUGCUGGGAAUAGGCGCCGCGGUCCCGCAGGCCGUGUUCGCGUGCAGCGCGGAGCCGCCCAGCGCGGCGCUGCAGCCGGCGCUGGAGGCGGCGCUGGCCGAGCUGGCGCGCGAGGACCCCAGCCUGCGGGUCUCCGUCGACGACGACCACGGACAGAUCGUGCUGGCCGGUAUGGGCGAACUACAUUUAGAAAUAAUAAAGGAACGUAUUAUCCGCGAGUACAAGAUCGACGUGGAGCUGGGUCCCCCUCAGAUCUCUUACAAGGAGACGCUGGUGGGCACCGCUCAGCACACGCUGGUCGUUGACCGUAAGAUCGGCAACGCCCGGCAGCAAGUCAAGGUCACCAUGUCGGCCAAGCAUCUGAAGGGAGUCACUCCGGAUAAAGUGCUCAAGCUGGACCGCUCGGCGGAGAGCGCGGCGCAGCUGGCGGCGGUGUGGCCGCGCCACGGGCGGGCGGCGCGGCGCGGCGCGGCGGGCGCCCUGCUGCGCGGCCCGCGCCUCGCCUGCCCCUUGGUGGACGUGCAGGUGACGCUGCACUGGCUGGAAGUGUCCCGCGGCUCCGCGGACGCGACCGUCACGGCCGCGGUCGCGCAGUGCCUCAGGAAGGUGUUCGAGGAAGCGGAGUCGGUGCUGCUGGAGCCGGUGAUGUUCCUGGAGCUGGUGGUGCCCGAGUCGCACUCGGCGCGCCUGCUCGCCGACCUGGCCCGCCGGCGCGCCGAGGUGCAGCACAUACAGCUGCGCCACGGGAACAAGGUGAUACAAUGCUUGGCGCCGCUGUCCGAGCUGCUCGGGUACUCCACGACGGUCAGGUCGCUGUCCUCGGGCCUGGCUACCUUUACCAUGGAGUUCCACUCCAACCGACAGAUGUCGCCCCGAGACGAGGAAAAGGCUAUACGUAACGUCACCGGCUUCUAGUUAAAACUUCUAAUUUCAUCAACUACAUCGAAGUUUUACUAAAUAGUUUAAUUGAAUGCCCGAACGACUUUCGUUUGAUUGAAAUUUUACAAUUACAAACGACUUACUGCUAUAGUUACAACGAAUAAUCAGAGUUCAGUGUAUUUGGUUUUAAGUUUUGUAUCGCCCAUUACAAUAAACUAUAUUUCUAAGGUCAUAACAUCCUCAAGAACGAAGCCUUGACCAGCCUGGCUGUGGCACAUUUAUAAACUUAAGACAAUUGUACAAUACUUAAAUAAAAUUAACAUUUAUACAAUACCUUUUAACAAUAUACAUAUACAAAACAACUAAUAUGGCGACCGGACACAAGUAGUCAUUGGACCCCCUUUUAUGUCUACAUACGGCAUGGAGAAAUAGCGAAAUACGAUAUGAUUCCGAGGAAGCAACAAGUAGAAAUAAUAAAUGGAUAUACUAUUAUGAGUAAUGAAAGGAGGUCGAUACGGAAGAGGUUUGAAGUGGGCCGUCAAACAUGUAAAUGGACAUGUGUGAUAAAUAUGUUGAUUACAUUGUAAAUAAUAGACGCAACGUUUAUUUCAAUUAAUUUAUUUGUUGAAUAUGUAAAAAUAUAUAUUUAAUAUAAUUA